GCCAGCAGCGCAGUCGCAGAAGCGGGGAUCUCCGCGCGGUCGGCGGCGGCAUGGAGCGGGAGCCCGGACGUGAAGGGGCGCGCAGAGCGCUGGGCCGCCUGCUGCAAGCGGUGCUGGCGAGCCGCGGCGAAGCCAAUGCCGUAUUCGACAUCCUGGCCGUGCUGCAGUCUGAGGACCCGGAGGAGAUCCAGGAAGCAAUCCACACUUGCAGCCGACUUUUCGGGGCUUUGCUGGAGCGGGGAGAGCUGUUUGUGGGCCAGCUGCCCCCCGAGGAUGCAGUCUUGGCAGGGUCCCACGGAGCCACCCGCAAAUACAAGAUCUGGAUGAGACAUCGCUAUCACAGCUGCCGCAACUGCCUAGGUGAGCUCCUGGCCCACCCCACCUUCAGGGUCAAGGAGCUGGCCCUCAAGACACUCAUGAAGUUUGUGCAGCUGGAAGGGGCGCAUCCUCUGGAGAAGCCCAAGUGGGAAGGCCAAUACCUGUUCCCCCGCACACUCUUCAGGGCGGUGGUGGGAGGCCUGCUCUCGCCAGAACAUGACCAUAGCCUGCUGCUCUCCCAGUUCCGGGAAUACCUGGAGUUCGAUGACAUCCGCUACCACGUCAUGCAGGCAGCCUCCGAUGCCGUGGCCCAGGUCACCAGCCAGCAUCCCGAGGUGUCCCUCGCCUUCUGGAACAACGCCUUCACCCUGCUGUCUGCCGUGAGCCUGCCCCGCCAGGAGCGGGACAUCUCUAGCUUCUACGUGAAGCACACAGAGCCAUCGGACACGUGGAAGGUCGCUCAUCUGAAGGAGCACAGGAAGACGUUCCAGAUGAUGUGGCUCAGCUUCCUCAAGCACAAGCUCCCCCUCAGUCUCUACAAGAAGGUCCUGGUGACCAUGCAUGACACCAUCCUACCCCACCUGGCCCAGCCCACCCUCAUGAUCGACUUCCUCACUGAGGCCUGUGAUGUGGGGGGCGCCAUCAGCCUCUUGGCCUUGAAUGGACUUUUCAUCCUGAUUCAUACGCACAACCUGGAGUACCCUGACUUCUACCAGAAGCUCUAUGGUCUCCUGGAUCCCUCCAUCUUCCAUGUCAAGUAUCGGGCCCGUUUCUUCCACCUGGCCGACGUUUUCCUUUCUUCCUCCCACCUCCCUGCCUACCUGGUGGCUGCUUUCGCCAAGCGCCUAUCCCGCCUGGCACUAAUGGCGCCCCCUGAGGCCCUGCUCAUGGUCCUGCCCUUCAUCUGCAACCUGCUGCGCAGACACCCGGCCUGCCGCGUUCUGGUGCACCGCCCGCGGGGCCCCGGUGAGUCGGAGCUGGAUGCCGACCCCUACGACCCUGAGGAGGAGGACCCCGCGAAGAGCCGGGCCCUGGAGAGCUGCCUGUGGGAGCUGCAGACCCUCCAGCAGCAUUACCACCCUGAGGUGUCUCGAGCCGCCAGCGUCAUCAGCCAGGCUCUGUCGGUCCCCGAAGUCAGCAUUGCGCCGCUCCUGGAGCUCACUGCCUACGAGAUCUUCGAGCGGGACCUGAAGAAGAAGCCGUCCGAGUUGGUGCCGCUGGAGUUUGUCCCUGCACAGGGCCUGCUGGGCUCUCGGGAGGACGCCUGCGCCCAGUGCUUCACGCUCGGCUGACCCUGCCCCGCCCCUGAAUAAAUGGUUUUGUAGGCGAA